CACUCCAAGUGAGCAGCACACCACCCCCUCUCCACUCUUCACCGCUGCCGGCCGGCCCGCCAAAUCUGGUCGAACCCUAACCACCUAUCCCCUUCCUCUCCGGUCGGACCUGCCGCCCGAUUCUUCAGCCCGUCAUGGACUCGCCGGUGCUACCAACCGCCGACCGCCGGACGCACCUCUCGCUCCUCGCGGACGAGAUCCUGGAGGAGAUCUUCCUCCUCCUGCCCACCCCGGAGGCGCUCGCCUGCGCGUCCGCCGCCUGCACCACCUUCCGCCGCGUCAUCACCGACCGCCCCUUCCUCCGCCGCUUCCGCAAGCUCCACCCGCCGCCCCUCCUCGGCCUCAUCAGCGACAGGGGCGGCGGCUUCCAGCCAGCCCAGGCGCCGCACCCCUCCGCGCGGCUCGCCCGCGCCCUCCUCGACGCCGCCGAUUUCACCUACUUCUUCGUGCCCAAGCCCAAGGAAGGGUGGCUCAGCCCCUGGCAUCCCCGCGACGUCCGCGACGGCCGCGUCCUCCUCGACUGCAGGGUCCCGGGGAGAACCUUCAGAUCCGCCCUCGCCGUGUGCGAUCCCUUGUCGCGGCGAUACGUGCUGCUGCCGCCCGUGCCCGACGAGGACAUAACGGCCCAGGAAGGACGCCCGGCUGAAUUGGCGCCAGUCCUCGCCCCCGUCGGUGACCAUGAGGAUGAGACGUCGUUCAGGGUGAUAUGCAUGGCGCACUACAGAACCAAGAUUGUAGCGUUCGUCUUCUCGUCCGUUACUCGGCAAUGGUGUAUAGCUGCAUCUCCCAGCUGGAGCUCUUUGGGCACAGACCGCCCCCAUGGUCUGCAGAACAGUUCUGAUUUGGGAGGAUGCCGUGGCUUGUCAAGUUUCGACCAUGUGCGUGGCAGCGUCUACUCAACAUCGCCUUGGAUGGACAAAUUUCUCGUUCUGGACACAAAGAGAAUGGAGUUUUCCACUAUCAGCGAUCACAGUGGCUUCCAUAAACUGCUUAGACGUCUGCCUGGCCAGGCACUUGCAGAACACGGUAUGCACCACCGAGCUCGGCCUGGCCAGACCAGAAGUCUGCCUGGCUCUGUAGUGGGUAGAGAAGGGUCCCUUGAGUUGUUGUCUCUUGUUGGUGAUCACAGUCCAAAUGGAUUGUUUAGUCUUGUUUAUACCAGUCAAAAUAACAGCGAAUCUCCCAAGGAAUGGGAGCUGGAGAAUGUUAUAUCUUUGCCUGACCAAUAUGACUAUUUCACUGUGGGGGCAGCUGAGGGAUUCUUAUUUCUCGGAGGCACUACAGAAUCUCAGCAGGACUGUCAUGAAACUGAAUGGGUGGAUACUUGGCAUAUAGAUUAUUUUUCACUGGAGGUCCCCACUUCAGAACUUAAGAAGAUCUGUAGGAUGAUAAAGCCAUGCUUCAACCAUGAACGUGUCCACCCAUACUUUGGCUUCCCACCAUCGUUGUCAAGACCGACUAUAUGAAGUUGGAUGAACUCAUUUUGCUUUCGAUGUCUUUAUCUGGGCCAUGCAUCUGCUGCCGUUGAGGAUAGAUGGAAGACGGUGCUCGAUGUAGUAAUAUACUACCUCUGUUUUUAAAUAUGAGACGUUUUGGCAGUUCAACAGAGGGUGUAUGUUUGGAAAUAGUGUUGUGUUAAAUGUAUUUAAGCAAAGACAUGUUGUGACUUUUAUCUAGCAUUAAUAUGUACCCAUGUGCAUAUACUGUUGAUGUGCUGGGAGAAUGGCCUUCACCACUGCGGUGAACUCGUGUACCACUAAUAAGAGACAUGUUAUAUUCGGAGAA